GCUCUUUAAUCCCUCAUGUUCAUUGACAAACCAACGACCAACAGUUUGGUAGUCGAACAUAGUUCACCAUGGUUCUAGUUUCUCGCCUAUUCCAAGGCCUUGGCCUUGCAGCCUUCGCUGCUACGGUUUGUCAAGGUGCUGUUCUUGACAGUCGAUCGCUUGAUGAAAGAGCCUCCUCGAGUGAUCGUCUGGUGUUCGCUCACUUCAUGAUCGGUAUUGUUGGCAACAGACAAAGCUCUGCCGAUUAUGACGAUGAUAUGAAGCGUGCAAAGUCCGCUGGCAUUGACGCCUUUGCCCUCAACAUCGGCACCGACGAUUACACGGAUGCACAGCUCGAUUACGCGUAUGAGUCUGCCAACCGUAAUGGUAUGAAGGUUUUCAUCUCAUUCGACUUUCAUUUCUGGUCGGUUGGCGAUGCAGCCGCUGUUGGUCAGAAGGUCAAGAAGUAUGCCGACCGCCCAGGUCAGCUACGCAUUGACAAUAGAGUUUUUGUGUCCAGUUUUGCAGGAGAUAACCUCGAUGCCAAUGCUGUCAGAAGUGCUUCUGGCUCUAAUAUCUUCUUCGUCCCCAACUUUACUCCUUGGGGAGGCUCUACGAACGGUAUUGAUGGUGCUCUGAACUGGAUGGGCUGGCCAAACGAUGGUAAUAACAAGGCGCCUAAGGAUGGUAAGAGUGUCAGUGUCGCCGAUGGUGACAAGAGUUACACGAACUGGCUUGGAAACAAAAAGUACAUGGCUCCUAUCUCGCCCUGGUUCUUUACUCACUAUGGUCCUGAGGUCGACUGGUCCAAGAACUGGGUCUUCCCGAGCGGCUCACUCAUCUUCGACCGCUGGAACGAGGUUAUUCAAAAGGGUUUCCCCAUGGUUGAAAUCCUUACCUGGAACGACUAUGGCGAGUCUCACUAUAUCGGACCCCUCAAAAACAAACACACCGACGAUGGAGCAUCCAAAUGGUCUAACGAUAUGCCUCACAACGGUUGGCUUGACCUCUCUAAGCCCUUUAUCGCCGCAUAUAAGAACAAAGACACCAGCGUGGCCAAGUACAUUGAGAAAGAUCAAAUCAUUUACUGGUAUCGCCGUAAUCUGAAGGGUCUCAACUGCGAUGCUACCGAUACGACCUCUGGUAGAGCGCCACCUAAGCCCAAUGAGAAUUAUUUCCAGGGUCGCCCAGAUGGAUGGCAAUCAAUGGAAGACACUGUCUACGUUGUGAGUCUGCUCAAGUCUGCUGGAACAGUGAUCAUCAAAUCAGGAAGCAACACUGUUACGAAAGAAGUCCCUGCAGGAGCUACUCUUAUUAAGGUCGAUGCUAGCCUUGGCAAGCAGACAUUCACUCUCAAGCGUGGCAGUACCAACGUCUUGGCUGAUACCUCUCUUAUGGACAUCACUGCUGUCUGCUCCUGUGGCUUGUACAACUUUAAUGUCUAUGUUGGUACCGUUGCCGCCGGCUUUUCUGACCCUCUCGACAGCAGUGGUCUCGCGUCUUUGACUGUUGGUCUGCACGUCACAACCUGCCAGCCUAAGCCUUCUCUCGGAACCAACCCUGCUUCUCCGACACAAGGAAAUGACCCCCCCACGGUGACUGACACAGGAAACGGAAAGGCUUGUAUCGAGGGUGCUGUAGCAGACAGUCAAAGCGGUAACUAUCUUGGUCUCUGCCAGUUCACUUGUGCCUAUGACUACUGCCCUCCAGCUCAAUGCAAGUGUACCAGGUAUGGAACAGCUCUAUCACCUCCAGCUUCCAAUGGCCGCGAGGGUUGCCCUGCUUCCGGUCUUGGGGACAGUUAUAAGGGACUGUGCAGUUACACUUGCAACCAUGGGUAUUGUCCAGAUACUGCUUGUAGAUACUGUUAAGGAUACAAUCGGUACGUGGCUGUAAGAAUAUUAUGGCAGAAGAGUCAUGUUAAGUUGAGUGAUUGGCGCAGAAUACUCUUGCUUUUAUGAUAAUUUUCUUCUGAAAUACCAAGCUAGCCACCCAACCAGGCC